CAAAUGGAGACUAGGUAUUGCAUGAUUACUGGAGGAAAUACUGGCCUGGGCUACGCAUGCGCAAGAAAACUCUUGGCAACAGGAAACUAUUACAUUACCCUAGCUUGCAGGACUGCAGAUAAAGCGCAGCGAGCUGUACAAAAUCUCAAAACUGAGAACCCAUCAUGCGCCCACCUCAUUGAAUACCUCACAUGUGACUUGUCUUCUCCAGAAAGCAUUCAUUCGUUUGUGAGAUCCUAUAAGGAACUAGGAUUCCCGCUGCACGUCCUCCUAAACAAUGCCGGUGUUUACCCAGGCUCAAAAAGGGAGACCACAGAGCACGGGACAGAGCUAGCCUUUGCGGUGAACCAUCUAGGGCACUUUUUGUUGACAAGUUUGCUCUUGGAUUUGUUGGAAGCUUCGGGGACAGGUCGAAUAGUGAAUGUUUCUUCAGAAUUGCAUAGAGGGGCCCCAUCAUCACCGGAAUUUCCACCAACACCAGAAGAAUACACCGCGAAAACCGCAUACGCGACAUCUAAACUAGCGAACAUCCUCUUCACCUACGCCUUAAGCCCACGCCUCAAAACUACGACCGUAAAUUCCUGCAGCCCCGGCUGGAUACCAUCCACCGAGCUCUCUCGUCAUGCCCCCUUCCCUGCUCGUUGGAUUAUGCAGACGAUUCUCCCUUACCUCCCGGUGGCGAGAACUGUGGAACAGGGAGCAGUAGUCUGUUGUCGAUUGGUGAUGGAUGAAGAUAUAAGGGGGGUUACGGGGAAAUAUAUGGGCAAGGAUGGGGAGUGGAUUCCAAGUUCUGAACAGAGCUAUGAUGUAAAUAUGCAAAAGCGUUUAUGGGAGGUCAGCUCCGAAUUGCAAUUGCGAGGUCUGUGGUAAUAAGAGUCGCUGGCAACAACCAGGGAAGGCACUUGGUUAGGGCAUGGGCCUGAUCCUACAAGGUUGCGAUGUUACAGUUAGCAGCAGAUUUGCGGUCGUCCACGAGCACCCCGUGGGGAUUCUUCUUUGAUAACAAACAAUAAGAUGACUCUGACUUUGUUAUUAGGCAGUAUUUCCUUAUUUCACGGACAACCGACGAUAUGAGACAUGUCUCCUUUAUUGGAGUUGGAAGAGAGGCUAAUGACGGCGACAUACGUAAUGGAGCCGUUAAAGCAUUAGAGGAUCAACGAAGCUGUUCCCUUUCAGGAGGAGAGAUUCAAGAAAACAAAAAAAUCUCUGCUCGACCGUGAGGAACCAUUGCAAUCACAGACUCAGCGGACCUCACAAGCCCUCAUUGUUCACCAUCUAUUCAACUAAUUAUGACUCUAACAAAAACGUACGAGGCUAUUCUUAUCUAUCUUCUCUUAUAAGAUGCGGUCAAGUUCUGGAGACUGUGACAGUUACCUUUGCCCCGGGUCGUCCUGGCUGCUCCCGCACUACAUGGAUGAACCCAUCCUUUGCUCCUUCGUUUGGCUGUAGAACACGGAAGCCUGCAGAAGCACUCUGCACAGCAGCGCUGUAUCCAGACGGGUAAUGGCGUGGAGAAUUGACACGAAUUUCAGUGGGAUGAAUGGUACCAUCGCUGACGAACGUGAGAGUGAACAACCCGGUUUUGUCGUCAAACGACAUUGAAAGCGGGAUGCCUGCGAUUGCGGUCGCGUAGGUGCGACUGUAUACCUCGGCCAUGUCCGGUCGGACGAGCCCGGUCUCCGGAUCCCGGAUGCCAUUGUUGGUGCCAGUGAUCUACGAUCCAAAGACAUCAAACGGAUGUAGAACCAAGUAAAUCAUGUCCACGCCACGUACAGGUAUGUAAUCCGUGUACUCCCAUCCAGUGUAGGAG